AUGCCUGAAACCGUGACAGAUAUGUUGAGCCGCAGAGUCAAGCUCUCCAAUGGCCUCUCCAUCCCCCAAAUCCAACUCGGCCUCUACAUGAUGUCCGGCCCCGAGACCACACGCGCAGUGCGCUGGGCUCUCGGUGCCGGCUACCGCGGCUUCGACAGCGCCCAAUGGUACUACAACGAACGCGAAGCCGGCCAAGCCAUCCUCUCCUUUCUGUCCUCUCCCGAAAACACCGCGGGCCUCACCCGUGAAGACGUUCAUUUUACCAGCAAGCUGCGCGACAACAGCACCAAUUACGACGCCGUUCGUGCUUCGAUCUCCAAGUCAGUGAAGGCUUCUGGACUUGGCUACAUUGACCUGUUCCUCCUGCACAGCCCGCUCGGCGGUCGUGAAGCCCGGUUGACCAGCUGGAAAGCGGUCGAAGAUGCGGUACUCGCGGGCGAGGUCAAGAUGGCGGGCGUCUCGAACUACGGCGUCAAGCAUCUCGACGAGGUCAUGUCAGCACCUUUUAAAAUCAAGCCUCUCGUGAAUCAGAUUGAGUGCCAUCCGUUCAACACGCAGACGGAGAUCAGGGCCGCGUGCGAGAAGUAUGGUAUUGUCAUCGAGGCAUACGCGCCGCUGGCGAGAGGGAUGCGCAUGAAGCAUCCCGUUUUGACAGCGGUGGCAAAGAAGUACGGGGUUACGCCAGCGCAGGUGUUGGUUAGGUGGUCGGUGCAGAAAGGGUUCGUGACGCUGCCGAAAAGUACCAAGAAGGAGAGGUUGGUAGAGAAUGCGAAUGUGGGGGGUUUUGAGUUGGCCGAGGAGGAUAUGAAGAAACUGGAUGGGUUGGAUGAGAAGUUGGUUACUGAUUGGGAUCCUACUGAUGCGGACUAG